AAAUAGAUCACCCAAUUGACGAUUCUCAUUCUCUCCAAACUGAAGCACUCUCCUCUCGCUCCUCCUCCUCCUUCAAUCUCAACCCAGAAAUGAUCCGAAAACUAUCGGAUCCGAUAAGCCCAUUAGAGAGAAACCCACAAUCUCCUAAAGGGUGGAAGAAUCGUGAAUCGGAUUGUAUUGGGCUUCGCAUAGUACUAGUGGACAGCUCGUUGGAGCUCCAAAAAGGAUCGGACACGGUAAAAUAUCAUCACGUAUCGGUUCCGAUAAGUAUUGGUGUGAACAAAAGAGGUGGAUUUGGGUGCGAUUGGAGAUGUUGUGAUGAGGGUAGAUCGGAGAAACGUGGAGGGAUUUUUUGUGGGUCGCCGACGAUGGAGACUGAAGAUUUAUCGGGUUAUCGGAUUGCGGAUUUUCUCAGCUUUUGCUAUUUGUGUAGGAAGAGAUUGGAUGGGAAAGAUAUCUACAUGUAUAGAGGUGAGAAAGAUUUGUGGGCGUGAUGCCGAU